GAAGCUAAGUAAGCCCAGUAACGACAGAGAAACUGUUAGGCCCACGGGCCGCAGCUCGAUAUCUGCAACGUGUCUCACGGCUGAUAGCCUCCCCUUUCUUGCCUUCACUUUCCGUAGAGUAGGUUCCUAUAUUCACAGUAAUCGAACUUUCUACCAAAACACCUAAGCCCAUCUGCAAAUAUCCGUCGGCAAUGGCCGAAGUCGACAACUCAAGUAUCCCAUCUUUAUCGGAGCAAUAUUUACUGAAAGAGAAAGAAGAGAAAUCCACCACAGUGGCAAAGCCAGUGGAAGAAACUGAGGUUAAGGCCUCUUCUACUGCUCCAUCUGAGGAAGAUACUUCCAGAACUGAGGAAACCCCAGUGUUUGAGAGUAGUGAAGUUGUCCCUGCUGCACCUGAAGAAAGCAGUGGAGCCUCUGACACAGCAGCACCUGAAAUUAAUGAAGCCUCCCCUCCUGUAGAGGCUGCCAGUGAAGAAAGCAUUGAAAGUAAUGAAGACGAGACUUCUGGGAAUGGGGAUCAAGAAUCAGCGGAUGAGACCCCUGAGAUCAAGCUCGAGACAGCGCCUGCUGACUUCCGUUUCCCUACUACGAAUCAGACAAGGCACUGCUUUACAAGAUAUGUUGAAUAUCAUCGAUGCAUAGCUGCAAAGGGUGAAGGCGCUCCUGAAUGUGAUAAGUUUGCCAAAUAUUACCGAUCCCUUUGCCCUGGUGAAUGGAUAGAUAGAUGGAAUGAGCAGAGGGAGAAUGGCACCUUUCCAGGACCAAUGUAAUCGGCAAUUUUGGUUCCAACCCUGCUACAUCUGAAGUCUCAAAUGAAUAGGGAGUUCUCUUUGAACAAAUUGUGAUCAAUAAAGUUUUGCCUUUCCAAUGGAACUAGUUAAAGCAUACAAUGAGUUUGCUGCUACAGAGAAUUAUUCAUGAUCGUUCCUUCUUAACUUUAGAAUACACAUUUCUUCUAUUCUAACUCUUGUACUUGUUGAAUAUCCAGUAGAAUCUGUUACCCUUAAAUUUUUUCGGUCGGAGGAUUAACAUAUCCUGCAAUAAAAGCUUAUUUUACCAUUGCACA